AAAUUGAAGAGGGAUUUUUUCGAUCCAGUGAAUAAAUCUUGAGAAGAGAACUAUGCCAACGUGCCUGAUGGAGUGUCCACUAGGAGUUGGACGGAAUUGGUAGAUUAUUGGCUUUUACCAGAGGCCAUGGAAAAAUCUGAAAUGGGAAAAAAUGCUCGAGCUUUACAAGGCAAUAAGCACAACAGUGGUGCUACAAGCUUUGCUAAUCGAAGAGUUGAUAUGAAAGAGAAGAAAGGAGUGUUUAGCGAAUUGGCAUUUUUCAAAUCAGUUUACGCCAAAGAAGAUGGAAGAUUUAAAGAGGGCACACUUCCUCAUCAAUUUGUGGAGGAUGCCAACAAAAAGGUCCAAGAAAAUCUUGCGAGUUCCUCUUCUUCAAAGCCCGUAAUUGAAAUUGAGAAUGCAGUCUUUAAUGAGCUCAUGUAUAAAGGUGAAGUACCUAAACGUCCUCUGAAUUAUGGAUUUGGAGUGAAGCAAAGCGACAUCUUUGGAGUGGAAGGUUUGCUGAGGAAAGAAGGGUCAAGCUAUGUUAACAACAAUGCUAUGGAAGUGGAGAACAUGAAAGGUGAAAUAUCAGUUGUCAAGAAGCAAAAUGAGGACCUUGCGCAACAAAAUCAAGUUCUAAACACCAAGUUUGAAGAAACAACACAAUCAUUUAAAAUGAUUGCUUCUUUUUUGGGACAAGUUUUGAAGGAAGUACGCAAAGGGAAUGUUUCAUCGAACCUUUUAGAUGGUGCGGAAUCAGCAAUAAAUAUGAUUACUGAUGAUUCUGGUGGCAAUGGUGACAACCAGGCCGAGAAAUGAGACUUUGACACUAUUGCCAAAUGCAAGAUUAUUGAUGAUUCAAGUGGUAAUAGUAAAUGUAGAUCAAGAGAUGAACAAGUUAUCUUGAAGCUAAGCUAGCAUAACGAUAUGUUUACUUGUUCGUAGUCAGGAAGUUGUUUUUAUUUAGUUUUGGACUAUCUUGUAG